CUAAAUUUAAUCAUUAAAUAAAUUUUAUUUAAAAGCCUCAAAAUGAAUUUAUUCGCUUUUUCUCGUUUUCGUUUGUUAUGUUUAUCGAUUCUUCAUCAACACCAUCACCGACACAACAGCCAUGUCACAACUUACAUCCGAUGGAGACGAAAAGGCCUCCGAGGUCGUCAAUAACAAUACGACGACCAAGGAAGGAGAGUCUACGGAAUAUCCAAGCAAUCAAAAACGAAUUCUUAUCAUGACCUCACUUUAUUUGGCAGUGUUCUUGGUAAAUCUGGACCAGAAUGUCAUAUCUACAGCUAUUCCACGUAUUACAGACGAAUUUCAUUCAUUAGAUGACGUCGGAUGGUAUGGUACAGCAUAUUUACUUACCAUGUGUACCUUUCAACUUGUCAUGGGAAAAAUAUAUAAAUUUUAUCCUGCGAAACCAAUAUUUCUAUCCUGUUGUUUUCUUUUCGAAGUUGGAUCGGCGAUAUGUGGUGCAGCUCCCAAUUCUCCCGCUUUCAUUGUUGGUCGUGCUAUCGCAGGACUAGGAUCAUCCGGAAUGUUUUCUGGUUUAAUGGUUAUCAUGUUCUAUACCAUCCCCUUACAACAACGACCAACCUAUCAAGGUGCCUUUGGUGCUACUACUGCUAUCGGUUCUGUUAUUGGCCCUUUAAUUGGAGGUAGCUUUACCGAUAAAGUAACCUGGAGAUGGUGCUUUUACAUCAAUCUUCCAAUUGGUGCCGUUUCGAUCCUCGUCACUACUCUCAUCUUACAUCUACCCAACCAAAAACUUGAUAAACCAGCAGAAGGAUGGAUUGAAAAGAUAAAUCAACUUGAUCCUAUUGGAAAUCUCGCAUUUUUUCCAGGUAUCAUUUGCUUGGUUUUAGCUCUUCAAUGGGGAGGAACUCAAUAUCCUUGGAACAGCGCACGUAUCAUCGUACUAUUGGUUCUAUGCGGUGUUCUUUGCCUUGUCUUCAUAGGCAUACAAAUUUGGAAACAAGAAAACGCAACGAUCCCUCCUCGACUUAUAAAAAAACGAAGUAUCGCAGCUUCAGCAUUCUUCAGUUUCUUCAACGGUUCUGGAAUGAUGGUUUUAAUUUACUAUCUUCCAAUCUGGUUUCAAGCGGUUAAAGGAUCUACUGCUAUCAAUUCUGGAAUCAUGUUACUCCCUUUAAUCCUUUCUACGGUUUUCUGUGUUAUAUCUUCUGGUAUCAUCAUUUCGAAAAUCGGUUACUGCGCUCCAUUCUUUUGGCUCAGUUCAAUUAUCUCACCUAUCGGAGCUGGCCUUUUGACUACUUUAACACCAUCUACAGGUCAAGCCAAAUGGAUUGGUUAUCAGAUCAUCUUUGGUAUUGGUCUUGGACUUGGUAUACAGCAGCCAUUGAAUAUCGUUCAAACUGUCCUUGAUAGAUCAGAUAUCGCAACUGGAUCGUCACUCGUUACGUUUACUCGAUUUCUAGGUUCAGCUAUAUUUCUACCUGUAGCACAGUCCAUCUUCAUCAAUGGUUUGGUUUCGAAGCUUACUAACCUCCCCGGAAUCGAUCCUAAUACUGUUAUAACCGGUGGUGCUACAGAGUUAAGAAAUAUCGUUUCAAUCGAUGAUCUACCGACACUACUCUCGGACUAUAGCGACGCAUUGGUUAAUGUGUUUUAUUUAGUAGUAGCAACAUGCGCUGUAUCCCUCUUUGGUACCAUAUUUAUAGAGUGGCGCAGUUUAAAAGAUCAGGUUGCUAAACAAGUUGACGAAACGAAGGAACCCAGCAAAACCACGAACACUCAAGAAUCAGUAUAA